GGGCUUUAAAGGUCCUACGAUCUUCGGUAGAAGAACAAAUACUACUACCUGUACGGGUUCAGUUCUCUUUCUUUUGAAAAAUCGUAAGAGAAAGAGAAGAGAUGGAAGAAGAUGGCAAGAGAGACAACACUGAUUCACCCACCAAUUCGCAACAAACAGUUUCUGAUGAUGAUGAAAUAGACUACACAACCAAACCAGAGUUUUAUGACCCAGAUCUUGAUGAUAACGAUGAAAAGUGGAUUGAUAAAAAAAGGCAUGGACAUGACUCUGAUGCUGUGCUUAGCUGCCCUGCUUGCUUCACCACCCUCUGCCUAGAAUGCCAAAGGCAUGAAAAAUAUUUGACCCAGUAUAGGGCAGUAUUUGUGGUAAACUGCAAAAUUGGGAAUGACAAGGUUUUGAAACAAAAUACCUCAAGAUCAAGAAAAAGAAAUAGAGGGAAAGAAGGAUUUGAUGGAGAUGAUGCACAUUCAACUAAUAUUGAAACAUUCAAGCAAGUUUGCUGUUCCGUUUGCUCGACAGAGGUUGGUGUCAUUGACCAAGACGAGAUUUAUCAUUUCUUCAAUGUUCUCCCGAGUGAAUCCUAACUGAUUCAGAUGUAUCUGCCCAGCAGUGUAUAAACUAUGUUGGUCUCUGAAUUUCACUACCGUGCAAAAUUCCAACUCAGGACUAGUUCAUCUUAGUUUCUCUAUGUUUUAGAGAUCCAUGAAGACACAUUUCCUCCACUUCUAAUAUUUCUCCCCCGUGAGUAUAUUUUAGAGGUAACCGUCGCUGGAAGAAGAAACUGUCUGUGGGGCUAAAACCGUGGACAUAGAGGUAUUGCUUAAAAGAACAAAAUUAACAUCUUUGGAUAUCCUGUUUGACAUGAGCUUCCUCUUGUAUGCUUUUCAAUGCCUUGUUAAAUUAUGUUUAUUAUUGCUACGUUUGUUUUUCAUUUUCAUUGUUACGGAGAUCCGAAUUAUGCAAAAGCAUGGAAUACUGUUCCAUGAGCUUAUAAUAUAUAACUUAUAUAAUUAGCUCCA